AUGGCAGCCGCAGCAUCGCCAGCCUCGCACAAGAAGGCAGCCGAGGGAUCUGCCUUCACCGCAGUCAACAAUAGUCCAGCCAAGGCAGACGUGUCUGACGACGCGCUCAAGCGGAAGAGACAGUCGAGCCCCUCGAGCCACAAGACAACGCCGCGUGCCAAGAAAAAGGCCAAGGCAGAGCAGGGAUGGCAGCCGCCCAAGCAUCUCGACUCUUGGGAAGGACUGGCCGAGAUCACUGCCGUCACAAACAAUGAAUGGGGACGGCUCCAGUUUGCCCUUCUUUGGAAUGGCGGACAGACAUCGAUGCAUCCUGCAACGCUCGUCAACGUCAAGAUGCCACAGACAGUGAUCAGCUACUACGAGAGCAAUCUUGUGCUUGAAGGCUCGCAAGAGGCCGAGCAAGCUGAGCUAUCCGGCCAAGACGAUGACCAGGACUCAAUUCCCGAGGUGAUGCAGUCGGACGAUGAGGAGGAGGAGGAGGCCCCGUCGAAGAGAGCUCACACAUCAUCAUCAAAGACAAAGAGACGCGAGUCCGCAUCACAGAAAACGCCAGCUGUCAAGCCAUCACCGGCAACAACCGCCAAAAGCUCACCAAGUAAAGCAGCUUCUUCAGCAAAGGGGACGCCAACCAAAGGUAAGGCGCGCACCAAGCCAAAGGUCAAGGAAUCCUACUGGGAAAUCGAAGACAUUGUCGACGAUCGAAUCCGUAAUGGCAAAAAGCAAUAUCGCGUCCGUUGGGUGGGCUACUCGGCCAGGCACGAUACCUGGGUCCCAGAAGAGCAUUCCUUGGAAGACUGCCCUGAAGCCGUGCAAGAGUACCUUGAGAGGAAGGCCGAAGAAGCAGCAGCUGCCAAGGAAAACGCCGAGGCAGCCGGGCGCGAGGAAUUUUCUGAAGUAGGAGAUGAAGAAGCAUAG